GGAAAGUGGGCAGAGAUUCACUGAGGACUCCACACACUCAACGCGGUUUAAAAUGCCCGAUGAUAGCAAACACGCUGCCGUUCCAAUAGCUCCACAACCCCAGAUGUGGCGAGAGAGGCGCCGACUCCUGUAGAAGGUUAUGGAGCCGAACCUUCUGUGUUUCAUCCUUUCUACCCUGUUUGGCUUUGCCCUAACCUCCUUCAAUCAGCACCUCCACAAUGGUACCCGCCACUACAAUUACUGUGUCCUGGGAGCUGGACCCGCUGGUCUGCAGAUGGGGUUCUUUCUCUCCAAAGCAAACAGGGACUACAUCAUCUUGGAGAGGAACUCUGGACCGGGCAGCUUUUUUAACAAAUAUCCCCGGCACAGGAAGCUGAUCAGCAUCAACAAAAUCCACACAGGACGGUGGAAUCGAGAGUUCAACCUGCGGCACGACUGGAACUCUCUGCUGAGCGACAACCCAGACCUGCUGUUCAGAAAGGUCAGCGGCGAGUUCUACCCGCCGGCCGACGCCUUCCCUCUCUACCUGUCCACGUUCGUCAGGGAGCUCGGGCUGAAGGUGCAGUACGGCGUAGACGUCGGACGGGUCAGGUCCGUGCAGUCAGCCGCAGGGAGGAGCUACGUCCUCACCGAUCAACACGCAGCAGACUACUCGUGCAGCGUCCUUCUAGUAGCCACGGGUCUGUGGGUUCCCCAGGAGGUAGAGUUUGCGGGGUCCGACCUGGUGGAGGGCUACGAGUCCAUCUCCACUAACCCCGACGACUACAAAGGCCAGGCGGUGCUGAUCCUGGGCAAAGGGAACUCUGCUUUCGAGACCACCCAGAGCAUCUUGGGAAGAGCGAGCCGGGUGCACAUGCUCAGCUCCAGCCCCGUUCGGCUGGCCUGGCAGACGCAUUACGUUGGAGAUCUCAGAGCUGUCAAUAACGAGCUGCUGGACACAUACCAGCUGAAGUCCCUCGACGGGUUGGUGGAGGCCCACCUGGAGGACAUAGUCAUCGCCAAACAGGAGGAGCGCGGCAGGAGGAGAUCGGGAGGGAAGAAGGGCGAGACGAGGGCGAAGCUCUAUCUGGGUUUGCAGAAGUUCAGGCAGGCCGGCGAUGAGAGGAACGCUUCUGAUGUGUCACCAGAGGAGCUUCCAGGACACCACAUCGACAACUUUCCCCUGCGGAGACCCUACGACCGGGUGAUCCGAUGCCUUGGAUUCAGGUUCAACUUCAGCAUUUUUGACAGCUCUGCGCGGCCACCACACAGCCACAAUGCAAAGGGUAGACUGCCAGGUGUGACGGCGUGGUACGAGGGGAAGAACACCCCCGGUUUGUUCCUUUUGGGGACCGCCUCUCACUCUAGAGACUACCGAGGCUCUGCUGGAGGCUUCGUGCAUGGAUUCCGUUACACAGCCCGAGCCGUACAUCGUUUACUCGAGCACCGUUACCACGGCAACCCGUGGCCAUCGACCAGACUCAUGACCACGCAGCUGACGUCCUGGAUCCUGAAGCGGGUCGGCGAGGCCUCUGGACCGUACCAGAUGUUUGAGGUGCUCGGGGAUGUUAUACUUCUUCAAGGCUCUCACUGUGAGUACAUCGAAGAGUUUCUGCUCCAAGCUUUGCCCCGGUUCGCCUCUCUUUCUGGCCACGAGGUGUCCAGUCACGGACUCAUAGUGGUGGUCAUGCAGUAUGGGAAGAAGAAGAUAGACUAUCUCGGGCGGGGCCGGGCAGAAACAGACUGGACUAAAGCUUGGAAAUCCAACUUUCUCCACCCUGUUUUAUACUACUAUGACUCGCUCCCUACAGAGCAAGACAUGAAGAUGCGUCCCCAUGGCUGGCCUUUACCGAGGCCGAAGGCGAUUCAUCACAUGGUUGAGGACUUCCUCACUGAAUGGGAUGGUCCCCUGUCUCACAUCCAGCCACUGCGGCGCUUCCUGGAGCACUGUAUUCAGACUGACCUGAGGGCAUUCAGCGCAGAAACAUGUUUCCGCUCAGCCCUAACGCACCGUAGGUCCCCGCUGUCUUGUCAGCAGGGAUAUUUGAAUCAGCGAGGCGUCCAACGCUACGGUCAGCUGACGCGGGGUGUUUAUGAGGCUGGACUGGUGCCGGCUGAGCAAGUCUCUGCUGGAACGUCGACGGGAGCAAGCCCUGCGUUUCCAAACUACCUGGCACCAGCUGGAGCAUCCGUCUCCUCCGGACUGAAACUUGACCUCUGAUUGUUUUGCCCGUUAAAUGCUGUUUUGGUCCUAUUCUUCUAGUUGAGAUAUUUAGAUCAGCUGCUAUCAUCUUGUAAAUCUGUCAGAUUAUUUAAACCAAAGAUGUUCUUCUUCAUUUUUAGAGGGUUUAAGCCUUAGAUAAAGGUGGAGUUUUCCAUCUCACCCUUGAUUUAUCUCAUGUUUUUUACCUGAUUUCAUAGCCUGCAAGGUUGCAAGUUAUUGUUGAUCACUGGAAACCAUAUGUUCCUCGAGAGCUUGUUUAUUUCAUUUCACAAAUUAUGCUUCAUUCAGUGUUUUUACUUGAGGUUUUACAUCCAUAAAAGUGGGUAUAUAACAUG